AACCUAAUCCACCACACCAUCGGUCAUCCCUCGCUAACUGUGCUAACCCAUUUCUUUAAAUCCCCAGUUAUACGUUUGAAGGGUUGCAAAAAAAAAGACGUCAACUCCACUGCGUUUACCAGCGUCAGCAUCUGUAUGACGUCACCAUCACGUCGCUGUCGACUUCCGGUCCUGCUGCUAACCACCGAGGUCCACCACCACCAUGGAGGUGAACCGGGAUGAGGCGGAGCGGUGCAUCGACAUCGCCGCUGCGGCGCUGGGCAACGACCAGCCGGACAAGGCGAGGAGAUUCCUGGAGAAAGCCCAGAGGCUCUUCCCCACCGAGAAGGCGAGGGUGCUACUGAAGCUCAUCUCCAAGAAUGGCUUCACACCCAGACAUGCGGACUUGAAUGGAGACUCAGGACCUCGUCUACGACAGAACCAAAGUGACCAUAGCAGAGGUGACGAGAAACCCUCUGAAACUUCAAAUUCCUACACCGCGGAGCAGAUGGAUUCUGUGCGAAGGAUCAAGAAAUGCAAAGAUUUCUACGAGAUCCUCGGCGUACAGAAGGACGCCUCCGAGGACGAGCUCAAAAGAUCAUAUCGGAAGCUGGCGUUAAAAUUCCAUCCAGAUAAGAAUCAUGCUCCCGGUGCAACGGAUGCAUUUAAAGCCAUCGGGAACGCGUACGGCGUGUUGAGCAACGCAAACAAAAGACGACAGUAUGACUCGUGCGGUGAGGAGAAGCGGCAUCCUUCCCGACAGGCAGAAGCCAACUUUGACGCGGAUAUUUCUCCUGAGGACCUCUUCAACAUGUUCUUCGGAGGGGGUUAUCCAGCAAGUAGUAACCACGCAUACACAAACGGGAGGAUGCGUCAACAGAGGCCACAAAGAAGAGAGCGACCACGAGACGGGGGCCUCGCCCUCUUUGUGCAAGUCAUGCCCAUCCUCAUCCUGGUUAUUGUGUCAGCUCUCAGCCAAAUCAUGGUCAAAAGUCCCGUCUACAGCCUCAGCUAUCGCCCGUCAGCAGGCCACACACAAAAGCGGCUGACGGAAAACCUGAAAGUGGCCUACUAUGUGGCAGAGCACUUUCCCAAAGAUGUCACCGAUGGGAAUCUCAAGCACUUGGAGCAGACGGUGGAGGACGAUUAUAUCUCCAACCUGCGUAACAAUUGCUGGAAGGAGAAACAGCAAAAGGAAGGCAUGCUCUACCGAGCACGCUAUUUCGGUGACACGGAUCUGUACCAGAGGGCGCAGAGGGCCCGAACGCCGAGCUGCGCCAAGCUGUCAGAGAUCACCGCGUCCGUACACGGCUGAUGUCGCCCUCGCCUUCCUCCUUAUUUUGACAGGCUGACCUGGCUGUAAAUAUCAGCUUACCUUCUAGACAAGACAAUUUGACAUGCAACACAAGACAAAGCAGCGCCUGCUAAACCGGUUAAAAGCGACGAAGCAUUGCGAAAAACGGUAAGGAUUAGCUCUAGGCCACUAAACGAAACAGUUUCAUGAGCCUGUGGCGCGGGACUUCUUUUUGGGGCCGUUUAAUUUAAUCGACAAGAAAGUUUGAGGCAUUCUGCUUCAGUCGUACCUUGGAAGCAACUUUUGGAAUCUAUGCAGAAGUCAUGGGAAAACACACACGUGUAUUGUCCGUCACGUCAACUCCAAUGUUGUCACUGAUGUCUCCUACAGUAAUGUGCAAAGGUUU